AUGGCCAGUGAGCGUACCUUCAUUGCUGUGAAGCCUGAUGGCGUCCAGCGCGACCUCGUGGGUGUAAUCAUUCAGCGCUUUGAGAGGAAGGGCUACAAGCUGGUUGGCCUGAAGAUGCUUCAACCCUCGACGGAGCAGGCGCAGCAGCACUACAUCGACCUGGCCUCGAAGCCCUUCUACAAGGACCUCGUCGCAUACUUCUCCUCUGGUCCGAUUGUCGGUAUGGUGUGGGAGGGCAAAAACGUGGUGAAGGGCGGCCGUAUGCUGCUGGGCGCCACAAACCCCGCUGACUCGCUCCCUGGCACGAUCCGCGGUGACUUCGCCGUUGACGUGGGCCGAAACGUGUGCCACGGUUCCGACAGCGUCGACAGCGCUAAGCGCGAGAUCGCGUUUUGGUUCAAGCCGGAGGAACUUGUGAGCUGGACCUCGCACUCCGUCAAGCAAAUCUACGAGUCUGCCUAG